CAGAGGGCGCUGCGCUGUGCCGAUAUGAUGCGCAUGCGCAGAGCGGAGGGGAUCGGACACGUCAUGUUUGGAGUGGAUGUAAGUUGUGCGCAUGCUUCACCGAGGACUGUCAACUCUGUUAUCUGAAGAGAACGCGCUGAAGAUGAUGACCGCGCUGCUCCUCUCGCUCCUCCUGCCCCUGCUCGGCCUCUGCACCGCAGAGGACGGCGCUCGCCUCCUGGCCUCCAAAUCUCUGCUCAACCGCUACGCCGUGGAGGGCCGAGAUCUCACCCUGCAGUACAACAUCUACAACGUGGGCUCCAGUGCUGCUCUUGAAGUGGACUUAUCUGAUGACUCUUUUCCCCCGGAGGACUUUGGAAUAGUUUCAGGAAUGCUUAAUGUGAAAUGGGACAGGAUUGCUCCAGCCAGUAAUGUGUCUCAUACAGUAGUGCUGCGGCCGCUCAAGGCUGGCUACUUCAACUUCACAUCUGCGUCAGUGAGCUAUGUGGCACAGGAAGGAGGGCCUGUCGUGGUGGGAUACACCAGUGCCCCAGGACAAGGUGGUAUCCUGGCUCAGAGGGAGUUUGACCGCCGCUUUUCCCCCCACUACCUGGACUGGGCUGCGUUUGGAGUCAUGACCCUGCCCUCCAUCGGCAUCCCCUUGCUCCUCUGGUACUCCAGCAAACGCAAGUAUGACUCAUCCAAAGCCAAGAAGAACUGAUGCCCUUCACCCCGAUGGACGAUGAGGACAGCAGCUGAGCAUCUAAGGAGCCUUCUAUUGGACAUAUUUUCAAUACUUUGUAAUUACAGGAAUGACAGAUUUUCUACAGAACUGUGGAGAUGUGUGGGUAUAGAUGUGUGCAUGGGGCCAAGUAGUGUGUCUGCGGCAGCAACAGUGUGUGUUCUAAUGGACUGAGCUGUGCUAGCAGAAUCUAAUCUUGUACCUUUUCAUGUUGAGCAGGCCGUCAAAGGCAUUUAAGGAGCAAUAUUAUGCAAAAUUUUAUUCUUGAAGAGUUUUUCAGACUAAAAUUUAGUUUUUUAUACCAGUACAAGUAAACAUGGCUAAACUGUAUGUUGUUUGAACACCAUCAACUGUCCAAUAGCUUUUUUGUCAUUUUAGUCCAAACUGCAGUUUUAAGUUCUUGGUGCACAACACUGUAAUCAGAAACACCUGGCUGUUAGAUCAAUCAGUUUUUAUACCGCAGACCCUGGACGUCCUCCCCCCUCACUCAUCCCCUCAUUCACUUUUGCCCAGUUGAACAGCUCUGUUUGAAAUGGUUAGCCGCAGAGCUUAGUUUAGUCUCACUUUAAAGAGACGUGCUUUUUUCUGGUGUUAAAUAAUGUGCAUCUCAUUUGUAGAGAAUAUUACACUUUACUGUAAAAUAGGGAUCUUUUCUUAAGGUUUAAGGUUGGGUUAAGGCUAACAACUUGACAACAGAAACUAAUUUGCUUCCUUUUUAAAAGUGCAGAACUGUGCUGCUGUCCCUGUCUCUUCUCAAUGGCAUUUCAUGUAGCAAUCAAUUUAAAAUUUUUUGAACAUUUGUGUAUCAAUACAAUGAAUAUUUCAAAGUUUUGGAGGUAAAUAAGCAGAGAGCACCCAAGCCAUAAUUGCAGGAUUCCACAGAAUUGCAGUAUGUUUACGAUAAGGGAAAACUCAGUUAAGAUCAUUCAAGGUAAUUUUGCAUAACAUCUCUCCUUUCAAUGUUUUGCCAUUUGGGGUAAGUAACUUAAAACAAUACAAAGAAGUCCAAAGAUCCAUGAAUAAAUGUUCAGUCCCCUUUUAAUAGCACGUGACUACAGUAGUGGGCACUCUGAAGCCCAUCACACCACUUGCACAUGCACUGUUGUCUAUAUUGGGUUUGUAAAUUAUUUUUGAAAAUGGCAUGACUUAUUGAACUUUUUGUUUAAUAAAAUCACACACAAUAA